UAGGAGAGAUUGCUGGAGUCAUGGGGAUCUCACUGAAACUGGUGAAAGCAUGCUUCCCGCAAUUUGCAAUAAACAAACAAAUUAAUAAUUAUGUAGAGUGGUUAGCCUCCAGUUAAUACACAUUCAAUUUAUACUGAAAAAAUAAAAAAAUAAAGAUACAAUCAUACAAAUAAACUAAUCAAUAAAGACUCAAACUCCGAAGUUCGAAGGAACUAGCUGUACUUCUGUUUUUAUAAAAGGGAGUGCUUAUUAGGUUAUGGAACUCAAGUUGUGUGGGAGCAACUAAAAGAUGACCACUUCAGAGAUCAAGGUUGAAAUCAUCCACAAGGAAACAAUUAAACCAUCCUCACCAACUCCUCGCCACUUCAAAAUCCUCAAACUUUCUGUCUUUGAUCAGAUUGCUUCCGAUGUUUACGUUCCGCUUCUGUUCUUCCAUCGACACCAUAAUUCUUCAGUCCCUUCUGCUGAAAUAUCCAAUAUUCUAAAAACAUCAUUAUCUAAAACUCUAACUCUCUUUUAUCCCUGGGCAGGCCAAUUCCAAUAUAAUGAUUCAAUCGGUUGCAAUGACCGUGGGGCUGAGUUUCUUGAAGCCCAAGUCAACUGUCCGAUAUCAAAGAUUUUGGACAACCCGGAUGCUCAUCAAAUGCUAUUUAAGCAACUUCUUCCAGCUGAGCAUAUGGGAUUAGCAAGAGCUGCAGGAUCAGGCAAUCUUGUACUAGUCCAGGUCAGCUUCUUUGAACGCGGUGGGGUAGCAAUCGGGGCCAGUAUUUCUCACAAGGUCGCCGACGCCAUUACAGGCAGCACAUUCAUUAAUACUUGGGCUGCAUUUGCCUUUGGCUCAUCAGUCGUCAGUAGUACUACUACUGGUGAUAAUCAAGAGGUGGUGAAGUUUCCCGCUCCAAAAAUGUUUGGUGUCCCAGCUUCGCUCUUCCCUCCACUAGAUUUCCUAAACACACACCACCCCGUCGUGGAAUAUGCAAAAGAAAAGUGUAUGACAAGGAGAUUUCCACUAGAUUUCCUAAACACACACCACCCCGUCGUGGAAUAUGCAAAAGAAAAGUGUAUGACAAGGAGAUUUCUGUUUGGUGCCUCAGAGAUUGCUGCUCUCAAGUCCAAAUCUGCUAGCUCCACCGUGCCAAAUCCUUCACGCAUUGAAGUUGUGUCCGCCCUCAUUUGGAAAUGCGCAAUGGAAGCAUCAAUAUCAAACUCGGGUUUUAUGAAGACCUCCGUCUGGUGCCAAGCGGUGAAUAUGCGUGAAAUAUUAGCUAAGCCCUUGGCGGACAAAUACUUACUGGGAAGUCUUGUGGGGUUGUCUAUGACAAAGACACAACUAGAUAUUGAUAAUCAAGAUCUUCUAACCUUGGUUGCUUUAUUGAGGAAAGGCAUGGAGGAAUUUAAAGAAAACUUUGGCAACGGAAUUAGUGGGGAAGAAGCAUUUGAAAUCUUCAAAGAGUAUGGAAACCUCUUAAGGAGGGAUGAUAUAGAGACCUAUAGUUGCAGCAGUAUGUGCAGGUUGCCCUUUUAUUCAGCCGAUUUUGGAUGGGGAAAGCCGUUAUGGGUCUUUAUUAGCAGUGCAGAUAUCAAGAAUGCGAUAAAGUUCAUGGAUACAAGAGAUGGUGAUGGCAUGGAAGUGAUCUUGACUCUCAAGGAAGAAGACUUGGCCAAAAUUGAAAACAAUAAGGAGCUGCUUGCAUAUUCACAGCCAGUUCAACAGAAAAUGAGGACGACGGCAAAGUUGUAGAUAGUAGGCUUCCAAAACCGCAAAUAAAAAUUUGUAAUAAAUUUUGUACUUUUUCAAUUUCCGUCCGAAUUUAUGUUGUUUAAUUUCUUAAGAACCCUUUAGCAUCCCCAGGGGCUAUGUUUAUGUAUUUAUGUAAUUCAUCAAUUCAGAAAUAAAACAA